UGGAGUAUAUCCCUAUGUCUGUAUUUCAUUCUGAUGUAGUACACCUAAGUGAUCUAAGAUACUUAGCCAUUCAAGCUUAUGAUGGAAGUCCCCCGGCAUCAAUAUCUAAUCUUGUCAACUUGCAAACACUGAUAAUAUCGUCAAAGAAGAAUAUUGUUCUGCCAAAAACCAUAUGGAAUAUGGUAAAUUUGAGGCACCUUUAUAUCAGAUCAGGGGAAAACCUUACUGAAGGGCCUAAUUUUGUACAAGCAGCAGAGAAUGAUGGUUCUCCAAAUUUGUUGCUUAGCCUGCAAACAUUAUCUCAAGUGAGUCCUCGAUCUUGCCAGGAUGUACCAUCAAGAGCUCCCAAUCUUAGGAAGCUUGGGUUAUGUGGAUCCUUAAUAUCAAUUUUAGAUAGUUGAGGGACCAUUCUGGACAACACUGGAAAGAAGAAGCAGAAGGACUGAGCUACUGAUAUAUGAAGAUGAAGGGGUCAAUUUAAACUUUGAAGCUCUAUAUAUACAAUGUGUUAUCCACCUAGGGUUCUUAAUAUUCCCUAGGGUUUUGUAGCCGUUGUCAGUGUCUUUCAUUAAAAUGUAACCGGUAAAUGAUUUCUGGGUUUGUUCAUCUUUAGUAGUUUUUAUGUUUUAAGUAAGAAAACUAUUUCUAGCUUUCUGGUUAUUGUAAUAAAUUACUUGGAUUA